UUUUUAUUUAUGCUAAACAUACAUCGCUGUGCUGAUAAUAUGUACUAUGAAAUAAUGCUGUCAACAUUAAAGUCAUUAAGUCUUAAUAUAAGGACUGGAAGCUGUAGAGCCCACCACUACCAUGGAAACAGAGAUAUUCAUAUACAGUAUCCUGCUGAUUUACCUUCUACAUAAAUAACAAUGUAGAAAUGACAGUUUGUGGUUUUAGGGGAAGUUACAUGCUUGAACUAUUUCUUGGCAAACAACAGAGCAAACAGGCGCAGUGACCGUGCUCAACUUCCUGAAGUCUUCUUGUUACACUGAGGUUUCCCUCUUCUUCCAGACUUUAUGCUAAGCUAAGCUAAUCACUCUCUUGCUCCAGUUUAGUAAUAAGUGCAUUUCCUAAACUGAUCAGCUGUUCCUUCAACUGUACUCCACAGUCACACAGAGGCAGGGUUUAGGAGCCCUUCCUCUGUGCCUCCAGUCAUCACAUCCUUACAUCCACCCUUCCUUUCACUGAGGGUUAAAUAAACAAGUGUGCUGUUGGUUUAAAGCUGCUACAGGCCUUCAUUAGGAGCUAAUCUGGUUCUGAAAAGGUUUUCCUCCCUGCUGCUUCAACCUGCAUUCAGACGCGACGAGCUUCAUCUGCAUCACAACACACACAGAUUAGGCUAAUAGCAUUAGCGGAUCUCAGUGGAUCAUUAUUAUUGCCAUCAUUAUCAUUAUCAUUAUUAUUAGUUUAAACUCAGUCACAGAGUUGUAGCAGGAGGAUGGACGCAUUUUUAGUGUGAAAACUAAACAGAUUUUCUACUUUGGUAAUUUAGAAGAAAAGGAGGAGAUUCUGUUUUGUGUUUGCAUCAUGGUGACAGUUUUUAAAAAAGGCUCCUCAUCCUAAUCUCACACACACACACUCACGCAGAAUAUCACCUGAGGGAAAACGCAGACACAGACACACACUCUCAUACAAUCACACAUACGUACAAAUGCAUUAGGGUGAAGUGUUUUUGUUUCUUUAAAACUUUGUAAUUACUCUCUCUUUUUGCAGAGUUUGAUUGUGAAACUGUGUAAACUAAAAAUGUAAAUAUGCUAUCUUUAAGUAACAACAGACACACACACUCAGCAGAGAUUAGCUGCUGUAUGGAACCUCAGGGAAUCUCAUUCACAUGGAAAACCACUUCUUAAUUCUAAUUGGUGGCCAGUGUAAAUCCUCCACUCCCAUUUAAACAAGCCGUCAGCAGUUUGUCUUCCUGCUGCUUCACAUGUUCCUCAGACUAAACCAUCCAUUCACCUCUCACUUUAUUUCAUACCACAGACCCAAAGUUAAGGACCUGUGAGAUUUUCACUAAAAGCAAAUCAACCUGUGGAGCUGUUUUUUUUUCCCACUGUGAAAUCAGAAUAAUUUGUUUUGGUUGUUGUCAGCAGUUUGGUAAACAGCUCUCAGGGCUGUUUGUUGAUCAGUUAGUCAGAUCAGUCGUUAUGGCAUCCACUCUGGCUCCUGUGACAGCAGAGAGCAGGCCACCAUUUUCCAUCGAUCGGAUUCUGGGUUUGGAGCUGGAAAGACCUGGAAACUGCCUGAAACUCCACCGACCGUGGGCAGAGAUCGGAGCAGAGAAGGAGAACAGAGGAAACAGUCUCUGCUCCAAACAACAGCACCACCAUCAUCCUCAGCAGAUCAACUCUCACAGGCCAACAUCAAGCUGGUAUGUUGGACGCAGACCACGCACUGCCUUCACCAACAGCCAGGUGAAUGUCCUGGAGACGGUGUUUCAGGUGAACUGUUAUCCAGGUAUCCAGCUGAGGGAACAGCUGGCAGGGAGGCUCGACCUGGACGAGGACAGAAUCCAGAUCUGGUUUCAGAACCGGCGAGCCAAGCUGAGGCGUUCCCUCAGAGAAACCCGCCUGAAGCUGGUCCAGACGGCCGUGUCUGACCUCAGGGUCAGACACCAGGUCAUAGGUCAACUGAAGGCCAAUUGGAACGUACGAGAUGACCCGGAGCUCAGCCAGCGGCUCACCUCUCAUCUCCAGCUGCAGGUGGAGGAGGAGGAGGAGGAGGAGGAGGAGUGAUGCUGAUGAAGGACUUGAGGGCUUGCCUCUUUCACCAUUCAACCUAUUUCUCAUCUUGUGCACGACUGUUGUCUGUAUAUAAUCGGUUUCUCCCAUCCUCUUUCUUUCUUCUGCCUUCCUUCCAAAUGUUGUACAAAAGGACAAAUGUACAAAUAACUGCUGAUAAAUGAAGGUCUCAUUUGCUCAUAAAACCUCAUGUAACAGUGCUUGUUUUUGGCUUUAACACUAAACUGGAUCCCUCUGAUUGUCAGUAAUAUAGCGGAGGUAUGAAAGUCUGUUGUCCUGAAGAUUUGGUUUGGAGAUCAGACUUUGUUAUGACGAGGUCUGUUCUGGAUCUGCCUCGUUAUAUUAUAGUGUCUUAUUAUGUGAAUAGGUUUCUGUUUUUCUAAUCUGU